UGAUUAAAAGCCCAAUACUGCAAGAUUCAAUUUGGACGGGAGACUUUUAAUUACUUUUUUUUGCACUUGCGAUUAGCGAGUUUAAAUAAAUCGGGCAUUUAAAUGAAAGUUCAAAUCCGUGACUGUUUUUGAAGUUUUUAAUGAAUCUUUUCGCCUGUUUUGGGUUAGAACUAACUUUUUUGUGAAUGAGGUAUAUCAUGUUUUCUUCACAGCCUCUUGCGGGGGAAUCUUGGAAGCUAGAUGUUGUCUCUAAUCAUGAAUUGUACCAAGAACAUGGGGUCAGUGUUUCAUCUGGUUAUGAACUUCAACUUAUUCUUAAACCCAUUAUCUUAUCUAUGUAAUUGAUCAUCAGAUUACGUCUAACAAAUCCAAUUGACGUAUAGUUCUUCUGCAAUUAUUUGAUAUGCAAUUUUUAGUAUUUUAUGUAAGGAUAAGCUAGCAGCAUAGCAGAAGUCUUACCUACAUGAUUCGGCAAAUGGCUGAGAAGAAGGUUAUAGCUGUAAUUGGUGCUACUGGUAAUCAAGGAAGUGGGCUGGUCCGAGACAUUCUCGAGAAUCCAGAUCCAGGAUUUUCUGUUCGUGCCAUAACCUCAGAUGCUUCUUCGGAUAAAGCCAAGGCUCUAAUGUCUCAAGGAGCUGAAGUUGUUCAAGCAAACUGGAACGACAAAGGAAGCUUAGUUCAGGCGUUUAAGGGCGCAUACGGUGCGUUUUGCGUGACCAAUUACUACGAAACCUUUUCUCCGGAGGGGGAAAUGAAGCAAGCCAAAAACAUGGCCGAAGCCGCCAAAGAAGCGAAUGUGCAGCAUGUUAUCUGGUCAACCCUAGAAGACACCAGGCAAUGGGUUCCGGUUGAGGAUGAUCGCAUGCCAACUCUCAUGGGAAACUACAAAGUUCCCCAUUUUGAUGGAAAGGGCGAAUCAGACAGCUUUUUCAAGGAACUGGGCGUUCCCACAACUUAUCUUCUUACAUCAUUCUACUUUGAAAACCUCGUCACUUAUAAGAUGGGUCCUCAACGAACAGCGGAUGGAAAAUUGGUAUUCAAUUUGCCGUUAGGACAGAAGAAAUUGGCUUCAAUUUCUACAGAAGACAUAGGAAGAUCAGCUCACGGAAUUUUCAAGCGAGGUACCGAGUAUAUUGGAAGUUACGUUGGAGUUGCGGGAGAGCAUCUUACUGGAGAGGAAAUGGCAGCAGAAAUGACAAAGGUAGUUGGUGAAACUGUGGCAUACAAAGCAGUGCCUUUUGACAUGUAUCGGAAUUUUGGACUUCCUUUCGGUGAUCUGGCGAACAUGUUUCAAUUCUACCACGACUUCGAAGAGAAUGUCUGUGAUGUGCGUCGAGUAGAAGGCACCCGAGCUUUGAACCCAAAAUUGAAGUCUUUCAAAGAGUGGCUCACUGCCAAUAAAGACCGAAUCAUACACAAUCAUGCAAAAGAAACAUCUGCAGAUGACGUAUCUUUUGCAGUGCCAUUGCAUUUUAAUUUGACGCACUAAACCUAUCAGUCACAAGAAAACUGAGUUGUAUUGAAUUUAAAUUUUUCGGGCGAGGUACUUCAAUGAUAGACUGGUUCCUUUAAAAAUUUUAAUGCAAUUCGGAUAGGGAAUCACAUAUUUAGGAUUAGCAGAAUAUCUGUUCGUUUUGUUAAAGCAGAAAAAGUGUUUGACACAAUCAGAUGUAAGCCUAUUUUGCUGUUGGUUUUUGGCAGGUAAUCCACAUAUUACGGAACCAGCUCAUCAUUGAACUAUUUGCGUCUCGGAUGUUUUUAUACGAUGAUCCUUCAGAUACCACAUUUUUUUUCUAUCUAAUUGAUAAUGUAAAUAAAGUUCUGACACUAACUCCGUCAACAGGGAACGAAACAAACUAUAAACCUGAAAUAGAGAAAAACAGACAAAAGCGAUCAAGCUCUACAAAUUUUC